CUUUCAGGCAUUAGCACAAACACGUCUGAUCAGGCAUCCAUCAGCCAGCUUACCUUUGGAUCUUUCUUUUCAUCAAAGAAUCCUGAAAAAACUGUGUUAAAUAUUGAUAAUAAUAACAAUUAUUUGGGGCACUGGACAUUUAAAAGUGAAAGUAAUGGUUAAAAAUGAAAGUAGAAGUUGAUUUGUCGACAAGACGAACCAAGUGAGCGUAGUUUAUUUUUUAGAAGACAUGACUAAUUGUUUUGUCUAUUUUUGUAAUAUUUUACAUCCGAGGAUGUAUUUAUCAAACUUUGUUUUAAUCUCAGUACUGCUGAUGAUCGCUGAUGGAUUUACAUUGCGUGGUCCCUCUGGUCCUCUGGUUGCUCCUCUGGGAUCUUCAGUGGUUUUGCCCUGUUCUGUUGAUGAACUUUUAUCAGUGAAGGGUCUGGAGGUGGAAUGGAGAAGAACAGACUCUGAGACUUUAGUUCAUCUGUAUCAGGACGGUGAGAGUCAAGCAGAAUCCCAGCAGCAGGAUUAUCAGGAUAGAGCUCAUUUCUUCACUGAUCAGAUCCAACAUGGAAACUUCUCCCUCCGGCUGGACAAUCUGAGAGCUGAAGACGAGGGACAGUAUAAAUGUAAAGUUUACAUUCAGCAAGAGUCUGGUGAGACUGUGGUUCAAAUAAAAGAUGUUGAACGUUUGCUAGUAUCAGGAUCAGAUCAGCACAUAUCUGCGUCUGUGGGUGAAGACAUCACUCUGAGCUGCUCUGUAGACUCUCACAUCCCAACUGAACACAUUGAAGAGGUUUCGUGGAAGAAAACCGAUAAAAACAAAAAUAUCCUGGUUCUGGUCUUCCAAAACAAUGAGAUUUUGCCAGAUUCAUCAGAUGAGCAAUACAGAGACAGAGUUGAGCUCUUCUCUGCUGAAAUCCCCAAAGGAAACUUCUCUCUCAGACUGAAGAGUGUCAGAACUGAGGAUAAAGGAGUAUACAUGUGUCAGGUGUUUGCUGGAGAUUUAUCAGCCAAUGCAACUGUAACUGUGGAACAAAUGGGUUUCUCUGCUUCACACAUAAUGAUGCUGAUUCUCUGUAUUUCUGCGUCUGGAUCUGCACUCCUGCUCUUCUGUCUGAUCUACUGCAGAUCACAAAAUGAUGCCCGUCUUCUUCAGAUGUCUCUAGUCAUUUGUCCAAAUAUUUGUUUAUUUAUUGCUUUUGUCCUCUGGUGUGUUACUGAAGGAUCUCUGAAUGAGACCGUCGCCUGUUGUGCACUUUAUUUUCUGAGACCUCUUAUGUUGUGUUCAGCUGCUCCAUAUAAAAUAAAGUUUAUAGGUAAGACUAUUCCACUGAUGAUAGAAUAUUUUCUUUUCUCAACAGUUGUUUUUACAGUUCUUUUUAAAAAUGCCUGGGAAAAAAAUCUGAAUUUUGCAGAAUUUGACAGAAUCAUGAUAAUAGUCCUGUUUGUGAUAGUGCUUCUGCCUUGGCUCUUCCUUAUCAUUUAUGCAUUGGCUUUAAUCUUUGGAAAGCUCAGUGAACGGAUAAGUGCUAUAUUUCGUGUUUUAGUUGAGUUAAGCUUUGAUGUUCUGCCUUCAUUGCAAUUCAUUCUCCUGUUUUAUGCAUUUGGAUCUGCCAGUGGAGUAUUCUUCAUUGUUGCAGUUUUACCAGUGCUGACAACAGUUACAAAUUACAAUUGGGACAAAACAUGUGGGGUAAAUAUAGGCUGUUCACCUCUGGUCAGGAGAUCAGUGUGGUUAAUGCUGAUGUUAUUAAUUAAUGCUGUUAUGGUCUUUUUCUACAUCAUGGUUCUGGAAAGUGAUAAAGAUCAUAGUGGAUGGACUUUUGUGAUUGGAUUUCUUCAGUUACUCUGGACAGUGUGGAUAUUUGAACGGUCAUUUGAUGAUACAGAUAUUCCUACAUUUGUUCCUGUGUAUCUGCUCGGAUCAGUUGUCCUAGUGGUACUGAACGCUGGUGCUCUGAUGACUGAACUGAUACUGAAAACAAUUAAUGGUGAAGGAGCACUGGGAGAUUUGAAGAUCAUUGUCUUUUCUUCUGAAUGUCUUUGUCUCUUAUCCCUGCUGAUUUCACUAGUAUUGGCACCCUUGAUUCCCCAAAUCAGAACAUGUUUGCAGACUUGUCAGAAUGCAGACCCCGGAUCACAGCAUGAUCAGAUUCCUCAGACCGCAGCAGGAUCCGAUGAAUCUCCUGCCACUGGAUCAAACAAGAACCAGAACUCAGAAUCACAUGAAAUUAAACCUCUCAUGAUGAAGACUGAAGAUCAGGAGGCUGGAGCCAGUGGAGACACACACAUAAUCAAUUUUGAUAGUCUGAUCAAACUCUCAUGAGCUCAGACCAAAUCCAGAUCAGAGUUCAGUGUCAUUCAUUUCUAAUGGAGAUUUUAAUUGAUGAUGUAACUUUAUUUAAAUUUACUGUUUUGUUUUAUUCUUUUCCCAUUGUUUUUACUUUUGUGUUAAUAUCUGUAAAUAAAUGCGUUUAAUGAACUGUUUUAGUAACACCUUUGUCAUGUGUUUAUGUAAAUGGAGAUCUUGGGUCUGAAUGAAGGACUGUAAGAUCAGCCACUGAAGAGUCAGAGUUUACAGCAGCAGUUUUUGGGUGGGUAGUUGAGCUUUAGACUGAACAGCCACUGAUCUCAGGUGUGACUAGUUAGUCAUGUGACCCAGAGAAGACACACAGGUAGAGACGGAUGGGUAGAUGGGUUUGUCACUGUG